AUGUCUUCCCUCUCUCGUCGUGCCUGCUAUAAGUGUGGCAAUGUUGGCCACUAUGCCGAGGUUUGCUCUUCCGCCGAGCGUCUCUGCUACAACUGCAAGCAACCCGGCCACGAGUCCAACGGCUGCCCUUUGCCCCGUACUACCGAGGCAAAGCAGUGCUAUCACUGCCAGGGACUCGGCCAUGUUCAGGCUGACUGCCCUACCCUGCGCCUGAGCGGUGCUGGCACCAGCGGCCGCUGCUACAACUGCGGACAGCCCGGUCAUCUUGCGCGACCAAUGCCCAGAGGAUUAAUGUUUGAGAAGCGCGCAUGCCCCAACCCCGCCGGCGUCAACAUGGGCCGAGGUGGUCCCCCGGUUCCCCGUGGCGGAUACGGUGGCUACGGCCGUGGCGCCUUCACCGGUGGCCCACGUCCUGCUACCUGCUACAAGUGCGGUGGGCCCAACCACUUCGCGAGAGACUGCCAGGCUCAGGCCAUGAAGUGCUAUGCUUGCGGUAAGCUUGGCCACAUCUCUCGUGACUGCACCGCUCCCAACGGUGGCCCUCUUAACACUGCUGGCAAGACCUGCUACCAGUGCGGCGAGGCCGGCCACAUCUCCCGCGAUUGCCCCCAGAAGAACACCAACGGCGAGAUCCCCAACGACGUUGACCUGUCGGCUGCCCCUGGCAUUCCUCAGCCCGCUGUUGCGCCCAUUGCCCCCGUUGCUUAG